AUGUUCUCACUGUUAAACCAGCAGUCUGCUAACACGUCGCCUCUAGAGCAAGCAGCGCGCAGCCAGAUGCAAAGGGUCUACAUCUCCGGGCUCGAGGGCCAUCACUCGCUCGAAGUUGGCGUCGCCUAUCACUAUCGGGGCCACUUCAUAUAUGCUUUCCCUGCGGGAACUCCGAUCGAGCCAAUUCCGUAUUCAACUAGCAAAGGCAUCAUGAUUGUUGGUACCACUCAAGAGCUUGCGCCGACGUACGACCCACAAGCAACAAAUUUGAUGUCGGAGGGUGGCAUCUCUGCGCUUCACCGGAGCUGCAUUCAUCAAUGGGAUGCCCAGAAACAGCUAGAAGAAGCCCAGAGGAAGGAGAUAGCGGAAGCCAUAGAGAAAGACGUACAGCAGACCAAGCAACUAGCAGACGACAAGAAGAACAUCGAUUCUCCAGAGAUCCUCGCGCCUGGCGCACAUGAGAAUUCGUUCAGUCACCCUCUCUCGCGGAUCGGAUCAUCUACGGCGCUCCCACCACUCUCGCAGUCCGCUUCUCGUGUUGGCUCGCAUAUCUCUCUCGCCUCUUUGGCAACACCCAGUAACGGGCCGACAUCCUCCUCGAGAAGCGUUCCUCAAAUUGGCACCGUUCAAGUUUCCGGCAUGCCAUCAGUCACCGCAUAUGUCCCACAAACGCUCUCAAGUGGACCAAGCUAUACGCCUCACGACCGCGCGCAGUUUCUUGCAUACUCUGCUCCUGGCUCCCGGCAUGUCUCUGUCGCUAACACGCCGCACACCUCGCGCCCGGUGUCACCUGCUCAUGGCCUCGGGGCUCGCGGUUUGCUUCGACCUGUUUCAAGCACUUCGCGUUUGAACCAGUUGCUCGCCGAUGGGGGCAUGCGGCGAGCUUUCAGUCCCUUGCAAGAGGUGGCCGAAGGCAGGGCGUCCCGAACAGUGGUUGCUGUUCUGGAUGAAGAUAUGGAGGCUAAUCUGUCAGUAGAACACAUCGAUCCCGACGAUAACACAUCAUCUCGUAUUUCUCGCUCGCACACGCCGAAUCAGCCAACCCCAGACGACGCCAUGAACACUCCUUUCUUUCUUCAAGGUUCUGGCUACGUGACUACGAACCGCCCUGCAUCCAUGCAGCCCCCCGACCUUGCGAACACACGUGAGGGCAGGAACACAUCUCUUCAUCUUCCCGGUCUCGGACAUGUCCACGGCCCUGGAGAGCACCGCGGCUUCACUGGCGUGUCGUCAUUCCCCGCCACCAAGGAGACUCAGUUCAAUGAUGUUGAUCCUGGCUCAGCACAUUGGUCGCGCGAUAACACGAUCGGUACCGGUCGCCCUCGCAAGGCUUCUAUGGCUCUGAACGAGGCCUACAACGCUGCCAACCCUCCCACUCAUCCUAGGAUCGGCGUUCCUCCGAAAAACACCAAGACUCGAACCCCAAAAUGCCUGCUUCAUGGAGGAGACUGUGAUGGUAAAACAACCACGCACAAGCACUUGACGCAGCAGAUCAGGGAGACUAGGGGCUUCAAGGACCAGUAUCCUACGAUCAAGUGUGGAGAUGGAAAGGUCAUGAUUGACUGGGAGAGGAUCAAGGCGGAGGAGAAGGCCAAGCUGGGUAUGUGA